UUCAUCGGGUUCCUGCGUUGGAAGUGUGCUCUGGUUACGUGUAGCUCCCGGUUCCCGGGCGGGGAGGAGAGCCCGCUGCCCGGGCUGCCCUCUCCCCGCGCUCCCGUCCCCUCGGCGGCCCUGGCCCUCUGCUGCGGGGCGGGGUUGGGUCACAGGGCUGCUCUGGUGAAAAGGAUCGGGCUGAGGAGUUUAUUUUGAAUGAGAGCCUGGCUGGCUCAAGCAGCUGGCUGGGCAGCGUUGUAGCAGAGAGGAGGAUGCAGCAGUGGGAACAAGGAGGAGGGGUUAAUUUCUCCACUACUGGAAGAGGUCGUUUGGUUUCGUUGAGGGCUUGUCAGUGUUAGAUUGAUGAUUCGGCUCGGUGAUCUUUUGCAGCCAAGGUGAUUCUGUAUCAAGCUGCGCUCUGAAGCAGCAGCGUGUGAUUUGAGAACAAAGCUAGAGCCUGAGAGCAGUUUGGGGUGUGAAGGGACCACAGGGUCCAUCCUGCCGUGGGUCUGGUCCCACGUUGCCUCUGAUGCCAGUCAUGUGUCUAGGUAAACUCAGGGCUGUUUGACCUCUGCAGGGAUGGGGUUUGCUGGGAGGGAGGCUGUGCUGCUGCAGCAGCAGCAGUGCCAGAGGACAUGGACAGAAAGCUUUUGAGGAGGGAACGUGCUAGUGGUGGGACCGACCUGCUGGGGAGCAAGUCCUUCCAGUGGGGGUCCAAUGCUCUUCCUUGCUUUCAGUUCUCCUUCCAGGAAAAUGGCUGGGGUGCAUCCCUUGCUGAGAGACUGGUCAGAAAGUGUGAUGUUGUGAACCGUGGGCUCUCGGGGUACAACACCAGAUGGGCUAAACUGAUCCUUCCACGACUGAUCACUAAAAGUUCUGGUGCUGAGAGUACUGUUGCAGUUACUAUUUUCUUUGGAGCUAAUGACAGUGCUUUGAAAGAUCUGAACCCUAAGCAACAUGUUCCUCUGGAGGAAUAUGCUGCAAACUUAAAGAGCAUGAUACAGUAUCUGAAGUCAGUAGACAUUACUGAAGACCGGAUUAUUUUGAUAACGCCACCACCUCUUCAGGAAUCAGCUUGGGAAAAGGAGUGUCUUGCCAAAGGUGACAAAUUAAAUCGCCGCAAUGCCACCACUGGGGAGUAUGCCCAGGCCUGUGUUCAGGUAGCCAGGGAUUGUGGGACAGAUGUACUUGACCUCUGGACACUGAUGCAAAAAAAUCAGGAUUUCUCCUCAUAUUUGUCUGAUGGGCUCCAUUUAUCAACAAAAGGCAACAGCUUUGUGGCAGCACAGCUUUGGUCACACCUGGAAAAAAAACUGUCUGCUCUUCCUUCACUGCUUCCUUACUGGCGUGAUGUGGACCAUUCCAACCCUGAGGCCAGUCUGCUGUGAGGUCCCCUGCAGCCAGGAGCUGAAGCAGCCAGGCCUGACAAGGCCCAUCUGUUCACAAACAGCCCGUGUCCAGCAUGGAGGUGCAAACAGCACCUUGGUGGGGAACGGGGCCGGGGGGAGGUACCACACCCUCUGGAUACCCCUCUGUGUCCCCUUCUCUUGCUCUGUGGGAGAAUAAAGAGGAGGCCACUCA